UGUCCUCAGUGUGACUCAUCAACCGAGCUCAAAGAACUCAACGACGCGGAAGACUUAGAGAUCAGUCCUAUACACUCAAGAAUGUUGCAAGUCUUGUCAUUUGUUGAGGACCAGAAGGUUUGCUCGGUUUCUGACAGCCAUUGUGUAGCACUGUGGCACUGUCUCGAAUGCGAUCGCUCGUUUUGUGACGAAUGCCUGAAAAAUCACUCGGAAUUCAUCAAAAAUCAUAACGUUUUYGCGUUGAAUGAGAUGACGAUGGAGGAUGUUCAGGUCAUGCUGAAAAAAGAAAGUCCUUGCAAAUCACACGCCAAUCAAGUUGUUACAUUGCAUUGUCAAAACUGCRACGAGCUCCUCUGCAGGCUUUGUUUGAAAGACGACUAUCACAAAAACCACAAGAAAACAUCCCUGAAAAAGUUYAUUGCUGAUUUUCUUGAAAAAAUCGAAUGGCUUAAUAGUAACGAAGAGGAAAAGAAACAACAAGAGCAUCUUGCGCUCAACAUUAAACGCGACGGACAAAAAGCUCAAGAACAAGUCAGUGAACUAACYAGAGAACUGGUUAACCAACUUCUAGAUCAAGAACAAGAACUUUUGAAAGCAAUCCAAAGGAACAUAAGGAAGGCCGACAGGAAUUUACGCAUAAUACAUCACACUUCAGGAGCACAAGAGUACAUCAUGUCCUUUAUUCAAAAUGAAACAGCAAGCGACAUGGUUGAAAUCAUUGACAUUCGUUCAGGCGCAGAAUGCAUGAAAACGUUCACCUUCRACGCCUUUCAAAAACACAUCGAUGGGAUGGAGUUCAAACCUAACUUAAAGAUUCGUAAAGAAGUGAAUACCGGCCUGGGAGUAGUAGGUGAGACACUGAAAAAGGCAGACCCACAGCUAAGCUCAUGGAAAGUCGAAACUCAUCACUUCGAGGCGAUGAAGACAGCGGCACUGAAAGURGUCCUCAAUAAUGGAGAAGUCUGUGACUCGUCACCUGAUGACGUUACAAUCCAUUUCACCCCUGAAAAUGACGUUAAAAUUGAAGAGAAACGAGUGACUCGUGACGAGCAAAUCGAAGUAACCUUUACUCCUCGUUUUCCUGGUCAGUUGACAGCAGAUGUUCAAGUACAUGGAAAUCCAGUAUCCAACAGUCCACUAGUGAUGGAGGUCAAACCACAACACAUUCAAGAGAUGAAAGAAUAUUCUGACCUGAAUGAAUAA